AUUGUAUUUCUGCUAUGAAUUUUGCUUGGAGCUGAUUACCAUCGGUCUGUGUUUCUCCAAGAGUGCAAAUUUCUUUAAAAAUUUUAGUUAUUCAUCUAGAAUCUCAAUUUAAAGUUGUUGAUGUCGUUACGGCAGCAUUGGGAUUGUGACCGUUGCAAAAAAUGGUGUUAUUUUUGUAGAACUAUACCGUUAAUGUCGGUUUGAACAACAUCCGGUCGUGUUUCUCCAGUUUGAUAUUACUGAUGUAGCUGUGAGAUAAAUAUUCACGUUUGUUAGCGUCGUGCAAUUUAGAUGAUUUGUGUAACCUCGUCUACUGCUCACGUCAAUACUCAUUUACUCUAUGAAAGCUGCAACGAAUUGUUACCAACAACGCCAUACUCUUGACUCUCCCGUUUCCGAAGGUUUCUGAUUAGCAAUUCUGUGAAAGGCUCCAGUGAAAUGAUUCAAUGCAUUUAGAAUAACAAUAACAAACUGUGAACGAUGUAUACCACCUACACAUUGCACCAACGGCUAGUGUGGAUUAGCACAGUCCCGAAUUUGUAGCCCCGGAUAACCUGUGCCAAACGAGCCGGAACGUAUCAUCAUUGCUGACGACGACAACAACGAGUGAUGCUGAUUGUCAAACAAAAGCCGAACAAAGAAUCGCGAAAAGUAAUUUUUGAUGAGAGCGAUUGUGGAAAAACGACCCAACCAAAGUUCUGUCAGUUCGCUGUACAUGCUGCCAACGAAAGCGGGAGAUAAGCUAUGUUCGGUGUACUCUGAUUGGAAGGGAAACGCUCUAACACCUUGCACACGUGAACGAUUAAAAGCGGUGCCAUUAAACUGAAACCAGUGAUUUUAAUUCCAUUGAGUGUCUUAGAAUCUCGUGAAUAAAAAGUGAUUUCGGAGAGAUUUCGUGUAAAGAAUAUAAUUAAGUUAAUUUUAAUGAUAAUUUUUCAUUUCUGUGUGAGAUUUGUGUUGUCCACAAAUGGAAACAAGGUUUGAACUGUGUCGUAUUAUUCAGUUCACUAUAAUAGUACGUGUUCAACGGUAAAUCAACGGUAAGGGAUCACACAAGCAUCACAACUGGGAACCGGCAACAAUUCGUGUGAAGUUAUGAAACUAACAGAAAUGGGUACCCGUAACCAUGCUCAUCCGCGAACAUUGGUUACACUCAUCUUGGGAACAGUGUUAGGUUUUAUGUUUGCUACUUUCAUCACCUCCAGUACUAGUCGAACACCGUGGCUUCCAGAGUACUAUCAUUCGUCGAGGGAAGCUCCAGCGGUAGUCAGCGAUCCACACACAGGCCACGAGCUAAAGGAUGCUGCGGGUCCUGAGCAGGAUGUGGGUUUCCACGGAGAACACGAAGAGGCUCACGCGCACGAAAACUCUUCACUGGCACAUCAGCUGCAGCGAGAGGUGCGUGUUCUCUGCUGGAUUAUGACCAAUCCUAGCAAUCACAAGAAAAAAGCCUUGCAUGUUAAGCGAACGUGGGGCUCUCGCUGCAACAAGUUGCUAUUCAUGAGCUCGAAAGCGGAUCCCCUUUUAGACUCAAUCGCAUUGCCAGUUAAGGAAGGGCGAAACAAUUUAUGGGCUAAAACGAAAGAAGCAUUCAAAUACAUUUACCAACAUCACUUGGAUGAUGCCGACUGGUUCAUUAAGGCUGAUGAUGACACGUACGUCGUUGUAGAAAAUCUCAGGUACAUGCUGUACCCUUUCUCGCCGAGUUUCCCAAUAUAUUUCGGAUGUAAGUUCAAGCCAUUCGUGAAGCAGGGCUACAUGUCUGGCGGUGCUGGCUACGUUCUAAGCAAAGUCGCCGUUAAGCGUUUUGUCGAAGAAGCGAUUCCAAACAAAAACUGUCGGCAGGAUAACGAUGGCGCUGAGGAUGUUGAAAUGGGAAAAUGUAUGGAAGUGGUAAAGGUUCUGGCAGGUGAUUCCCGGGAUUCUCUAGGAAGAGGGCGAUUUUUUCCCUUUGUCCCCGAACAUCAUCUCAUUCCUAAUCAUGUAGAUAAAGAUUUCUGGUACUGGAAGUACAUAUAUUAUAAAACUGACGAGGGAUUAGACUGCUGCUCCGACAACGCUGUUUCCUUCCACUACGUCUCACCGAACCAGAUGUACGUGUUAGAUUACUUGCUCUAUCACUUGCGACCUUACGGCAUUGUGCCUCACUCGCAACCUCUACCAAAGAAACUGUCUCUAGCGGACGUGGUCCUAUCGGAUGAUCGUAGUAAAACCACGGAGAAUCCUAUCGCUUCGAAAUCGGAGGAUGUCGGUGCACUCAGAGAGCAACAUAACCGACUACUGGAAACCAAAGAUAAUCAAGAGUCGAACAGUGUACUACUAGAGUAGUAGCAGCAUUAAUUGUAGUAGCAGUAGUUACAGUGGAAUAGCCAAACUACAAACAUGCAUGCAUGUGAUGAAGGAUUUGCAGUGAGUGAUAUUGAGUUAGUUCGUACAAACCAAUGUAGGCAUUUAAGAAACUGAAGUUCAUGCGCCAUAUUAAUUAAAUGCUAUUAGGGCAGAUAUACCAAAGUACCCCACUCAUUCCUUAUAUGAUUAUAUCUAACGAAUCUGAAUAAAGUAAUAUUUCAAUAAAUUUGAA